GACGACGCAGCAGAGGGUACCACCUCGCGUGGAUACACUCGCGAUGGUAAUGCGCGUGCAAACGAAGAAGGGAGCGCAAGGCCCGGCGCACCCAUGCGCAAAGCUAUGACGAAAGAACAAAAGAAAGCUUCAAGGGGUGCGAAUAAGGGGCGGAGGUUUGGGAAAGUGAGGGAUGAGCUUGAGUUAUGUUGGAAGAUUGCUAAUGGGGGUGGAUGUGAAUUUGGGGAUGGGUGCCGAUUUACGCACGACGUCGAUGCCUACCUCGCUGCUAAACCUGCGGAUCUGCGUGUGCCCAGUGUUGAUGAGAUAUCAGAGGAGCCACCUUUCAAUGUUCGUACUUUGGAUGGGGCCAGUGCAACCCCGCAUCCGAAGUAUCCGAGUCUUGAUAUGAGCACUGUGUGUCCUGUUUUUGCGGAGACAGGGGAGUGCAGAUACGGGUUGAAAUGCCGUUUUCUCGGAGGCCACGUACGUACAGACGAGGAAGGGAACGUCGUCUUGCUGGGAGACGAAGACAAAAAGGCUCGUUCUGCGUUGACGGCGCAUGAAGUGAACUUCAUAGGACCGGAGGCGCAAAAAUUGCUGAGGACGAAAAAGUACGGGUUCCCCAUUGCCAAAGAGUAUUUGAAGGAACUACAAGAUGCAGAAGCGAAGGAGAGUAAACCGAAACCUGUCCCGGACGAGAAGUCGGUUGUGGUUGAGGAGCCUGUGCAGGAUAUGGAGGUGGACCUUGAUGCUCAACAACCACAAUUGGAGAAGCCUACCGUUCAGGAGAUCAUCGAAACUCGAACGGGGACAGAUGAAGUCAUGUCGGCUCAGGAUUCGCCUGAUGUGUCUAUUCGAUUCGCGGAGAAGAAGAGAUUGCACUGGGCUGGGAAAACUUAUUUGGCGCCUUUAACUACUGUCGGGAAUCUCCCUUUCCGUCGACUUUGCGUACAACUAGGGGCUGAAAUCACUUGCGGGGAAAUGGGACUCGCAAACUCGUUUUUGGCUGGCUCAAAAGAAGAGUGGUCACUCGUUCGAAGGCAUCCUUCAGAGUCGAUUUUCGGAGUGCAAGUUGCAGGCAACAAGCCCGCCAAUUUGGUACCCACGGCUGAAGUGAUCGCGAAGGAAUGUGCGGGGGGCAUCGACUUUGUAGAUGUGAAUUGUGGGUGUCCGAUAGAUCUUGUUUUUAGAACGGGGAGUGGGUCUGCUUUGCUUGAUACGGUGGGGAAGUUGGGGAAGAUCCUGAUUGGGAUGAAUAAGGCGUUGGGAGAGAUUCCUGUUACUGUGAAGCUGAGAACGGGGGUGAAAGACGGGAAGAAUACGGCUCAUAAGCUGAUGCCGAGGUUGUCUACGGAGUGGAAUGCAGGAUGUAUCACGCUUCAUGGGCGAACAAGACAACAGCGUUAUACCAAACUGGCGGAUUGGGAUUACAUCAAGGAGUGUGUUCGGGCUGUACGUGCACAAGAAGCGGAUGAGGAUUUACCCCCUGUACCAAUAUUUGGUGGAGGCGACUGUUUCUCGUCAUACGACUAUUGGACGAACGUCGAGAACACGGGCGUCGAUGGUAUUAUGGUCGGACGAGGAGCCUUGAUCAAGCCUUGGAUUUUUACGGAAAUCAAGGAACGUCGGGAAUGGGACAUAAGUGCAAGAGAGCGCUUAGAGCUGAUCAGAAACGCAAGUGGUUCUGCUCUCUUCUAUGCUGAAUACGGCCUAAAUCAUUUCGGGUCUGACACAGCGGGUGUGAACGCCACACGCCGUUACCUAUGCGAAGCCCUAUCCUUCCAGUACCGCUACGUACCUAUUGGUCUCUUGGAGUGCCUACCAGGGAGGAUAAAGGAUCGUGCACCUGCUUUCUGUGGGCGUAGUGAGCUCGAAACGCUUCUUUCAAGUCCGGACAGCCAGGAUUGGGUGAAGGUGUCUGAGAUGUUCUUGGGACCUGCUCCGGAGACGUGGAGCUUUACACCAAAACAUAAGAGUAAUGCGUAUGGAGGUGAGGAGGGCCAAGGGUAGUGUAUUACUUGGGUGAAAAAUGAAUGUAACAUCAUGUUCGACAAGGGUCGUUACAAGGUCGUUACGCGUCACUGGGGCUGUGACCUCAUAU